CCACAACAACUUGGGAGCAUCAAUAUUCACAUUUUAAUAUAAGACAAAUAACUUGCAAGGAUGAGUCUGAAUUAUGACAUCAUAAUUCACACGCUGAGCUCUUAUUGGUUGCAGUCAACUAUUGUUACGUAAUAAGUGUCCUUGCAUCCGAUUUGUUGGCUGAGGAUGGGUGCUUCAUAUCACUGACCAGAGGGCACACCUGAGUCUCGGCAAUUCCCUUGUAAAGGGCGAGCAGGUAACGUGCACGAGACAGAAGGAUCCUUGCUAGUGAAGUUCAUAUUGAGAUCCACUGAAUGCUGCAACGAACAGGGAUUCCAGCGUCUACUGUGAUUCGGCACCAUGCAGAGCCUGCAGGACAGGAGAGUCAUGCAUAUCUCUUGUAUUAAUAUGGAACAGGACGAUGAUUUAGGAUGUCGGCAGCUAUGUAAAAAUGCCCUAAAUCAGCAGAAUGAGAUGCUCAGUCUUCCAAAUAUCCAUCCAUUUGUGAGCAGUUCGCACGUAGAUAAUAACUUUCAGAAAGAGUUCUUUUCUCUCAAGAUCAGAAACUGUACAUUGUUUAAAGCUGUGCCACUGCCUCACAUUGGCAAAAAGAAGCCGCCCCAUCUGAGUGACGUGCUGAGCGGGGCCGCGCCAUCCAAGGACUGUCUUGGCCUCCUUUUUUCCCCAGAAAAAGACCUCUUUGAUAAGAGUUUCGGCUGCUUUGAUAGCACGGUGGUGACGGGCUGGCUGGAGAAGGCUCAUGGCUUCGUGAGCGACUUGGGCGCCUGGAGUUGCUGCGGAGAGAACUUUGUCCGCUUUGCACACUUCUGGCUCUCAGAGCUGCAGCACAAUCAGAAGCAACAACUGCUGGAGCUGGAACUGGGGGUCAUCGAGGACGAGGUGCGCCUUGCCUUUCCGGAAGGCCCGGAGACCCAGGAGGCACAGCCCCUGGAUCUGACUGGCAUCCUCGCGGCUGCUCUGAGUGAAUAUCCAAUGGCGCUUGUCAACAACCAGAAUCCGUAUGUUUUCCUUGACUAUUUAAACCUCAUGUCUUUGGAGAUCACGACUGGAUACAAGAAAAUGCUUUCAGAUAUACAAUACCCGACCAAGAACCCUCAGAUUGCUCAGUGGUUGCUAGCCAUACGGGCGUUUGCACUUGCCAGUCUCUGGCAUGCGAUAGUGAAGUUCUAUAAGGCAUUGGUCAGUACCCAGCUCCCUUCUGAACAGCACCUCAAGAGUUGUGUUUCUGCUGCUAGAAAGCAAUCCGGUGAAGUGGUUAAAGAAAGAGCCCUCCAGUGUGUGCAGUUGGGAUAUGCAGAUGUCCUGGAUUAUCUUGUUAGAAACCAGAAGCUUGAUCUUGGUGUCACUGAUGAAAAGAACAGGAAUCUCUUAUUUUUAGCCACUAUCUAUGAUCAGUCUAAGAUUUUGGAUUAUUUUCUUGAAAUGGCACUUCCCGUACCAGAUGUCAACCAAGCAGCAGAGAAUGGAAGCACCCCACUCCAUGCUGCAGUCAACAUGGGAAAGAUGCACCUUGUCUCUCUGCUGCUGCAUUAUCCUGGAAUUAACGUCAGUGUCCCCAAUCCCCAGUGCGAUGGAGCCACUGCACUGCACCUUGCCAUUGCUUUCGGGCAUCUGGGAAUUUGUUACUUAUUGCUGAAUGCUGCAGCCGACGUAGAAAGCACCGUUGGGGAGUGGACACCUUUGCGGCUUGCUGAACUGUUUGGUAACGAAGCUAUAAUUGGUCUUAUAAAAAUGCAUGUAAAGAAAUUUAAGCUUGAAAAUAAAAUGUUUGCCUGAUCA